AUGCGAGCUGCUUUGAUGUGGACAAUUAAUAACUUUCUUGUAUAUGGCAUGUUUUCUGGUUGGGGUACGCAUGGAAAAAUGGGACGUCCGCAUUGCAUGGGACACACAAAAGCGUUUACUUUGCAAAUGGGUGGUAAAAGUUCAUGGAAUAGUUUUAGUGACCUGCCAAAAUUCAUAGAUAAUGGUAAAACAUGCAGAAUUCCAGGAUACGGGGAUACUCACAGUUGGACAAAAAGAAGCAAGAAAAAAGAUAAUGAGAAGGCUAGAAAGGACUUGGAACUUUUGUGUAAUUGA